AAAAAUCAUUUCAAAUUUGAAAUUGAAUUUCAAUGAAUAGUGUUCCAGUAUCAUGCUCUGCUUGCUCCAUUUUUUUAUGGGCACAGGGUAUGGAAGAAGAACAGGGAACAGAACUGCUCCCAUUUCCGACAUCAAAUGUGAAUAUGAAUGACGGGCUGACAGCUCAGAACUCUCGUCUCGGCUCGACUCGGCUUUCAGCUCUCAGCGGUUGUUGCAAUUAUGUCGCAUCAAAUAAUUAUAACUUGACUUGGCAAACAUUUCCUGCGUUUCGUAAUAAUUAGCCAAAGAAGCCCCCAAGAUAUGCCAGCGGCAGCAGCAGCAGCAGAUGAAUCUCACACACAGAGCGAAGAACAAAGAACAAGCGCGCGCCCAAACAUCAAGAUGCGAAUACCAACAACAAAAACAACAACCUCAACAUCGACAACGACAACAAUUCAACCUGUUGGUGCGAAGCGUUCGCUAAUGGCGAGAAGAAGAUCAGCUUGUCGACUGCAGACUGCAGACUUGAGCUUGCGGCUGAGUCUGUGACUGAGACUUGCCACAGCGCCCAGUUUGAUUCUGGCCAGCGACGCGUGCGGUUGUCGCUGCUGUUGUUGCCGCUACAAAUAGAAAAAAAUUUCAAAGUAAAGCUUAUGUGUUGUUAAAGACAUGCCACAAUUGGCACCUGCGUCGGCUUAAAAUGUGUGUGAAACUCAGUUAGCUGCGUCGAUUGCAACUGCUGCGAAACUGUGCCAACUGCAGCUAAAUUGGCACAGCUCUUCGGCUGUGUUUUGAUCGCGCUGCUGACCCAUUUUGUGGUAACCUGGCGUGGUCAGGUAUCAAGGACACAAUCGCCAACACAAUUGAUUCUAAGCUGCUGCUAGCUUUGCCGUCUCCCGUGAGUGAAUCAUCCAACUCCAUUAAAAAUAACAAUAACAAAACGACCAGUAAAAGUGGAGCAGCAGUCAUAAGAAAUCUAAGUAGAAACAACACUUGAAAUGGAAAAGCAGAAGACACCAACACCAAAACCAAAUAACAACAACGAUUGUAAUAACAACACAACAAAGCGACGACAUAAAAGUGAAUAAGAAAUUGUCAUGCUUUCAUUAACAGCAACAACAGCGACAACAACAAUAACAACAACAUUAACAACAAACGCAAAACAAAACUCAAAUUUAACUGUCAGCAAUUUGAGUUAAAAGCAAACUCCAAAACAGUGACUCGUGACUCGUUACUCGUCCAGUGAACAGUGACUAUGUGGUGGAAAUUAAAUUGUGAUUUGCUGCUACUCAGCCUCUGCCUGUUGCUCUGCCAAUUAGAGCCCAUGAGUGCCAGCAUACUCAACACAUUGCUGGGCGUGCCGGCGGAAUGUGUGCAUCAGAGUGGCGUUUGGCCUUGCAAACUGAGCUUCUCCUGCUGGCUGCAAGGCGGCAAGCAUGCCAAAGGCUGCGGCAGCAACAAAUGGCUCUUCAGCUGCUGCGUCACUGAACCCCAUCAGCAUCAGCAUCCACAUCAGCAUCAAUCGCCACUCGAUAAUCUCGUCGACUACAGCAAACUCAAGAUGAGCCUCAACAGUCUGCCCAAGCGUAUUAUGCUGCGACGACGCGAUGAUAACGAGCUGCACAAUGUCAAGCCCGAAUGCGGCAUGCCACGCACAGCACAGAAUACGCUGCAGAAGCGCAUCAUUGGCGGUCGGCCGGCCCAAUUCGCCGAGUAUCCAUGGCUGGCACACAUACGAAUCGCGGAGUAUCAAUGCGGCGGAGUAUUGAUCUCGGCCAAUAUGGUGGCGACGGCGGCGCAUUGUAUACAACAGGCGCAGCUGGAUGAUAUCACGGUGUACUUGGGUGAACUGGACACACAGAAUCUGGGCCAUAUUCAUGAACCGCUGCCCGUGGAGAAGCACAGCGUGCUGCAGAAGAUCAUACAUCCGCGCUUCAACUUUCGCAUCACACAGCCCGAUCGCUACGAUCUGGCGCUUCUGAAGCUCGCACGUCCCACGGCUUUUAGUGAGCACAUUUUGCCCAUUUGCCUGCCUCAAUAUCCGAUUCGUUUGAUUGGCCGCAAGGGUCUAAUUGCCGGCUGGGGCAAGACGGAGGCGCACAUGGGUCAUGCCGGCACCAAUAUGCUGCAGGUGGCCAGUGUGCCCAUCAUUUCCACCUUGGACUGCAUACGCUGGCAUGAGAGCAAGCAGAUCAAUGUGGAGAUCAAGUCGGAAAUGUUUUGUGCCGGUCACUCUGAUGGUCACAUGGACGCUUGCUUAGGCGACUCUGGUGGUCCUUUGAUUAUCAAGGAGCGUGGACGCUACGUGCUAGUGGGCAUCACCAGUGCCGGGUUUGGCUGUGGCGUAGACCAUCAGCCGGGCAUAUAUCACAAUCUGCAGAAGAGUCUGCGCUGGGUGGAGGAUGUCGUGCAACACAAUGAGCUGUCAUCGCGCAAUUGUCGUUGUUGCCGCUUCGCGCUCCUUCAGGAGCUGAACAUGUCGUGCCACAGAAAGGAUAAUUGGCUGUGGCUUUGGCUCACACUUACCACAAGCUUCGUCCUCACGCCUCCCUCCGGCUACAGCGUCGCUGCCUUAGGCUAUCCCAGCGCACAACAGGAGCAUGACAUGCUCAUCUUGGACGCACUGUCGCGUCGCAGCGGCACCGGCUACUAUGGCGAGAACAGCGUCAUGGAGAUGCUAUCCCGAAUGAUACCACAAUCGUGCCGCUUCCGUGGCCACAAAUUCGAAUGCGGCCUGUCCAUCUCGUGCGUCUUGGGCGGUGGAAAGCCGCUGGAUCUCUGCUCCGGCGGCAUGAUCUGGUCAUGUUGCGUGGACAAAGAUCUCGACGCCGAGGAGAGUCCACAUGCGGCGCCGGUCAACAAUACAAGUGACAUAAUACAUUUACACGACAUAUAUCCCGAUCUGUCGCCAACGGGCAACAAGCCAGCGCAUCAUCAGCAUCAACUCCAACACCAUCAGACGCAGCACAACAAUAACGGCCUUUCGGCGGCCUCGUCAUCAUCAUCAACACGUCCCGCCUACCCCAACCACGCCUACUACAGCACAAAGCGUCCGUCGCAUUACAGCAGCAAUCCGUAUAAGCCCAGCUCUAGUUCCGGUUCCUCCUCCGGUUCAUCAUCAUCCGCACAUCGCCCCGGAUCAACGAGUCUGAACAGCUGGGAACAGCAUGACGUGAAUCAUUUGGGCAUCACGAACCAUCUGGACAAUUUCUUUGAUGUGGAUGCACCACCCGACAGUAGCAGCGGUGGCGGUGACAUAACACGUCCACAGCAACCGCAGAAACCGCUGCCACACGAACCACAAGCUCAGCCUUUUGCGGUGGGCAAUGUGCUCGAUUUGAAUGCCGGCGAAGCGGUGGAUGAGUACGAAAGUGGCGGUGGCUACAACGAUGCCGGCUAUCGACCUGUUCCGGGUUGUGGCGAAGUUUAUUCACGUUCCAAUCGCAUUGUUGGCGGUCACUCCACGGGCUUUGGCUCGCAUCCCUGGCAGGUGGCACUCAUCAAAAGUGGUUUUCUCACACGCAAACUCAGCUGUGGUGGAGCGCUGAUCUCCAAUCGCUGGGUGGUAACAGCUGCCCACUGUGUGGCCACCACAACCAACUCGAAUAUGAAGAUACGUCUGGGAGAAUGGGAUGUGCGAGGCCAAGAGGAGCGUCUCAAUCACGAGGAAUACGGCAUUGAGCGCAAGGAAGUACAUCCACACUACAAUCCCGCCGACUUUAAGAACGAUGUGGCGCUGAUACGUCUGGAUCGGAAUGUUGUCUAUAAACAGCACAUCAUUCCUGUCUGUUUGCCACCGCCUACCACAAAAUUGACCGGCAAAAUGGCCACAGUGGCGGGCUGGGGACGCACGCGACAUGGACAAAGCACUGUGCCCUCUGUGCUGCAAGAAGUCGAUGUGGAAGUCAUCUCCAACGAUCGCUGCCAGCGCUGGUUCCGCGCAGCUGGCCGACGCGAAGCCAUACACGAUGUGUUCCUUUGUGCUGGGUAUAAGGAAGGCGGUCGCGAUUCCUGUCAAGGCGAUAGCGGUGGGCCGCUCACGUUAACCAUGGAUGGCCGCAAGACGCUCAUUGGCCUCGUGUCGUGGGGCAUUGGUUGUGGUCGGGAGCAUCUGCCGGGCGUCUAUACGAAUAUACAGCACUUUGUGCCGUGGAUCAACAAGGUUAUGGCCAAUGACAACAAUGCGUAGAAUCGAAUUGAAUCGAUUAUAACAGUCUCUCAUUGGCUGGCUGUCAUUAAGUAAUCGAAUUGGACGACUGCAGUCACACACACUCGAGUAAUUGCGCUGUUAUUGUGCGUACGUGCAUCUGCAUCACCGUUGCCUGGCCAUGUGAUUCCUCUACGACUCGGGGUUGCUAGUGUUUAAGUAUAAGCUCCCAAAGUUGCGCUCUCUUAGCUGCGCGCACCUUCUAUUUAUUUCUAUUAUUAUUAAUAUUAUUAUAUUUCGUUCACCACUUUUGUGUAACUUGUGCGUAGACAUGCAACAGUUAACACUAAUCAUAAACAUAUUUAUUACAAACGAAUCGAUUAUAAAAUUUCAUGAAUUUACACCUAAUUUUAUUGCUAAUUGUAA